CAGAAAGAUAACGCCGCGAAAUUCACACGUGUGGUUAGGUGUUGACAGAAAAAACGCUAAAAAAUUUAGUCGUUUCAGCAAUAGCUGACAAAGAUGUCCCGAAAAAAUAAAAUGUGGGAAGAUGGAAAGAAGAAGGUUAUGGAGAGACUUGGUGAGAUAGAGGACCUGCAGAAGAAUCUAGUGAACUGUAUUGAAAACCUUACAGGGCCUGUAUGCAGAAAUGGACGGGCUCUGCUGGAAGUCCAAGACAAGUCACAAUUCUUGCAGAAGUAUGCCUCUGUCAUGCAGAAAAUGGAAAAGUGCAGAAAUGCUCUGUUCCUUGCAUCAAUGACCCUUGAUGAACAAGAAGAAAACCCAGAGUCUGUUUAUCAGAACCCUGCUUUUGAAACUGAAAUCUCCAGCAGUAAGGGAGCCUGUCAUGAUCAACAUUUGGAAGGUGCUGCUAUCUUGAACUCUUCUCAACCACUACAAACUAGUGCUGUCACCUACAGUACACCACCAGGUCUGGUACCACUGGAUAGUGCUUCCACCUACAGUGCACCACCAGGUCUAGUACCACUAGAUAGUGCUGUCACCUAUAGUGCACCUACUGUUCUGUCACAGAUUGUCAGUGAACAAAACACAAACUCUGUUACAUCAGCCACUAGUGGAAAGGAAGAAAGUUUUGUAGCCAAUAUUUCAGCAUCCUUCAUCCCACCUACAAACUCAGAUGGACUGCUUGGUCUUAAAGCUCCCUCAGAGGCAUCUGAUACCAGCAGAACUUCUCUCUCAAAUAUAACAAAAAAUACAAAGGAGGGCUCACAAAGAAAGAAAGCAGCAGGGAAAACACUGAAGAAGAAAAGAAGUAAAAGUAAAAAGGAUGUAGUAGGUGACACAGACAGUAGGUCUACCAGUACAGGUGCAGGUUCUAGUGCUACAUCAAAGUUAGCAAAGCCAUUGGGUCAGUGCAUUAUUCCUACCAUGUCAUUUGUGGAAGGCUGCUCGCUAGAUGUUAUUAUCACAGAAGUCACAAGUCCCUGGUUUUUCUGGGCACAGCCAGCUCUCUCUGAGGCAGAGGAACUGGAGACCAGAAUGUGGGUCUUCUAUGAAAAGGGACAUGAAGAAUAUAAGCUGCAAAGUUUGCCUACAAUGGGCAGUUUUGUGAGUGCCAAAUACAAUCAUAACAACAGCUGGUAUAGAGCCAAAGUCAUGGAAGUCUGGGAUGCCAGGCCAGAAGAUGGUUGUAGCCAAGGCGAAGUUGAUGUCGUCUAUGUGGAUUAUGGGAACAGAGAGCGCUUGCCAUUGGACAGAGUACGCCACCUGGCACCUGACUUUGCCCAACUUCCAACCCAAGCUUUCUAUUGUGCUCUCUCACAGGUUGCGCCACCAGAUGGCAGUGGUGUAUGGUCUUCAGAGUACAACCUGAUAUUUCUCCGCCUGGUGGAGAACAGGAUCCUGCAUGCCUCCAUAUCCAAAGAGCCAGACUGUCCUCUUUUAUUCCUGGAGCUCCACUUCCCUGGUCAACCACUACCGGUCACUGCAGCCACAGGGGGCAUGGUCAGUGGACCCAUCACAAGCAUCAUGGAGAGUGUCGGAGACUUGAUGAGAAAGUAUAACGCUGCCAAAAUGAUGUCCAAUGCUGAGAUUGCUUCUUAUAUCUUUCCUAAGUCACCUCUUCACUCUCCAGCAGAAGAAGGUGCUCCCUCACAGUUGUCUGUGUUAGUGCCACCAGAGGGCAGCAAUUUACAGUUUUGUGCAGACGACACUCAAGAGAAACCAGAUGGAAUGGUUUCCUUAGCAGAAAUUGUAGUGCCAAAUGCAGUGACCUCUGGUGCUGGGUCAAAAGAACUGAACCAAGUUGGAGGUGCAGAACUUGGACGUAAAUGUGGUGAAUUUAGUUCAGACUCAAAAGGUGACAGGAAAGUAAUGAGUGAAAAAAGUGACAGAAAUACAGAGUCUGCAAGUGGUGACAGAAAUACAGAGUCUGCAGGUGGUGACGGAAAUACAGAAGUGGCAGGUGAUGACAAAAUAACAGAGCCCGCAAGUGGUGACAGAAAUACAGAGCCCGCAUGUGAUGACAGAAAUACAGAGCCCCCAAGUGGUGACAGAAAUACAGGGCCCACAAGUGGUGACAGAAAUAUAGAGUCUGCAGCUGGUAACAGAAAUACAAAGUCUGGUGACAGAAAUACAGAGUCUGAAAGUAGUGAAGCCAACACAGCAAGAAAGGCUGACACCAACACAAGAACCUCCACAUCUGAUUUAGGCCUAGUUGUAGACAAGAAGCCAAUUGCUGUGCAGGUUGAGACAGAAACUGACAAAGUGGAAAAUGGAGCCAAUGAAAUUCCUUCUACAGAGCCUUCAGGUCAAACCAAAGUGCAACCCAUCGGGGAGAAAAUUGUGCAACCUCAACUUGAGUAUAACGAUGAUGAUCUUGCCAAUGAGAUUGCUGAUUUAUCUUUUGAUGAAAUACUUGACAAGGAGAUUGAAGCCUCUAGAAAUGCCAAUGCCAAUGCAGCUGAUCUUGAAUUGGGACAGAUCACCAAUGCCUCUCAGGAGUCCAAUCCCAAUUUGCAAGAAGAUAGAUUUGUAAUGACACCAAGAAAGGAUCAGGAAAGAGAAUUCUCAGAUGUACCUGACUCUUCAGUUAAAUCAGUGGGGGCAGAAAAAAUCAUUACACCUCAGCAAAGGCUCAAGAGUUUGGGGUUUCCAGAAAGGCUGCCAAAGAGCUGUGAGUUUCAGCAAGAAUUUCAAAGUUGGCUGUCAGAAAAUGACACAGAGGAUGAUUCCUCAAAACUUGGCACUGCAACUGGAGGCCUGGGGGAAGAUUGUGAAGUAGAGCAUUUUUCAGAGCCAGCAAACAAAAAAAUAGCUGAAGGGUCUGUCAUGGCAGAAAAAGCUGAUGGACAGAAAAAGAAAACUGCAAGAUCCCCUUUAACAGUAAUAACCCCUAAUAAAGAUACAUCAAAAGUUGCUGAUGAUUUAUCACUAUUGUUGAAGGACCUUUCCUCGAAAGAAAAGAACUCUGCAAGCAGCAACCUUUCCAAAACGGAGACAUCUUAUGAUAGUUUACCCAAUCAGGGGGAAUCCAGAUCUCAGACCACCCCAGUGAAACAGUCAUGUUCCACACAGAUGGAGCCACAGACUCCACCUCAAGACAGGACAGGAACAUUUGGUCAACAUUCUGCAGCAGCAGUGCCCAUGACACUUGCUCAGUCGUGUUCUAGAACUCCAUCUGGCCCUGGGUCUUCCACUCCUCGUGCUACAACGCCAACUUUCUUAAAGAGUCCAAAGUCUAACAAAGGGGUGCUGCCUGACCAGCAACUGGACAUCCCAGAGGACGGUUGCCUGCAGAUGAUGAUGUCGCACAUUGAGUCACCAAAUCAUUUCUACGUCCAUCUUGUGACCCCCAGGUCAGUCAUGUUGGACCAGAUGAUGGACGAGCUGAAUGACCAUUUCAGUAAGAUUAAUCUCCCUGUUCUAAUGAAGUUUUUUGAGGGAGAUGAACCAGCCAAGCAUGACAUUUGUUGUGCAUUGUACAGGAAUGAUAAGAAAUUCUACAGAGUAGAAGUACUGGGGAUGAGGUACGAGACCAGUUCAGAUACUGAAGAGUCCCAAUCUACCACCGCUUCUAGUACAGAUGAUACUCCCAAGUGCUGUGCUGUCAAAGUUCUGUACAUAGACUAUGGCAACUCGGAGUGGACCCCACGAGAAUAUAUUUAUCCACUCCCGCCAAAAUUCUUUGGAAUUCCACCACUGGCUUGGCGGUGUAACCUGGCCGAUAUUUCUCCAGUGGAGAACAGAGAUGACCAGCAAGAGAUUACCCAAGAUGGAUGGGGAUAUGAGACUGUCAAAGAGUUUGAGAAAAUGACUGGUUACAAUGAUGUGCUGCUGGGAUACAUAGUUGAGCCCUUCCCCACAAGCAGCAAGCAGUCCUUACACUUGAUACUGUUGAACUCAAGUGGACCAAGUGAUGUCUGGGUUAAUGGGGAACUAGUGAGAAGAGGACUGGCCAAGUCUGAAGUCUUUGGCAAAGAACAAGCACAAAAAGCAGAGGAUCUCUUGAUGGAAUCAGAGCAAAGUGUAAACCCUGGAGAAAAUAAUAAUGCUUUGGCCCCCUUGGAAAAGAGGAGUGAGAGCCCCACAGCAGAACUGCAGAACUGGGACCCCAUGGUGGAGGAUCAUUUAUCCAAUAGAAACACGUAUGCCAUAGAUCCAGAUGACCCUGGGGUAGCCACCACUGGACACGGUAAGAGUGUGCAUGUGCAUGUGUAA